GCUCAAGGUGUGGUGGGCCUCAUAACCCACAACAAAAACAAAUUUAUUAGUGUUUUUCUCGUUUUUGGAUACAGGUUGAACAUUUUUUUUGCAUUUUUUUUUUGUAAAUCUAACAAUACCAUAUUACAAUACAACUUGGUGCAGGCUUCUUACGGACUGCGUCGUCACAGUUUUAAUAAAAAAAAAACUGAAUAAUUGGACAUGGUUGAGGAGGCAAGAGCUACAAUGUACAAGAAACCUCUGGACCUCUUUAAGAACAAAGAACUAGUGACAAUAUGUGCUCCUAUGGUUAGAUAUUCUAAAUUGGCAUUUAGAUCUCUAGUAAGAAAGUAUGGCUGUGAUCUCUGCUUUACACCCAUGAUCCUCAGUGAAUGUUUUGUACAGUCAGUAAAAGCUAGGCACAGCGAUUUCACAACGUCUAAAGAGGAUCGUCCAUUAGUUGUACAGUUUGCUGCAAGUAAAGGCGAAGAUUGGGCUGAGGCUACAAGAUUAAUUGCUCCGUAUUGUGAUGGUGUUGACCUAAACUGUGGGUGCCCACAGCGCUGGGCUAUGGCUAAGGGCUAUGGAGCAUGUCUCAUUCACAAGCCAGAGCUGGUGGCUGACAUGAUUCAUCAGACUCGCAACACUGUCACUGACUCAGACUUCACUGUAUCCAUCAAGAUUAGAUUACAUAAAGAUUACAAACACACAGUAGAUUUUGCUAGACAAAUGGAGGCUGCUGGAGCCUCCUUCAUUACUGUUCAUGGACGGACACAAGAGCAACGAGGAGAUCCAGUAUGUUUGGAAGCAAUUGCAGAUAUCAAGAGUGCACUUCAGAUUCCGGUAAUUGCUAAUGGUGAUAUCCGAUCAAUGGAUGAUGCCCACCAAAUACAAAAGAUCACAGGAGUUAAUGGUGUAAUGGCAGCAAGAGGAAUGCUAGAAAACCCAGCCAUGUACGCAGGUUAUAAAACUACUCCACUUGAGUGUGUCAAGGAUUGGGUGAACAUUGCACUUAGCACUGGAACUCACUUCACUUGCUUUCAUCACCACCUCAUCUAUAUGAUGGAAAAAUCUCUAACACGAGCUGAGAGGAGAUAUUUUAAUGUAUUAGGCAGCACCUCAGGUGUUUUGACGUAUUUAACAGAAAAAUAUAUGGUGGAAUUUUUGUUGCAGUUUCGUGUUAUCCUCUCUUCACUAAACCUAAACUGUUAAACCAAAGUGGCUAAAAGAGUAAAGUAUGUUGUUGAGUACAGUAUUCAAAGGAAAAAUUCAAAGGAAAAAUUGUAUAACAGUCAUGCCUACCUACAUAGAAACCAUAUGCUCGUAGAUUGUGUAAUGAUAUAUGUUGCUGCAUUCUAUACAGGAAAUUAACGCUUACUGUGAAUGUUUUAUAAUUAUAAUCCAUGAACAGCGCUGUAUAACCCUGGUGGUUUAGCACUUAACUUUGAUAAUAAUACAGUGGUACCUUGACUUCCAAGUUUAAUUCAUUCCAUGACCCAACUCAUAACUCAAUUUGCUCGUAAAUCAAAUCAAUUUUCCUCGUUGAAAUUAGCUGAAAUGCCUUUAAUCUGUUCCAGAGGAAUACCUGGCUCUUGGGAGGCAGGAGAAAAUACAUCAAUAUAAUGCUAAUAUCAACUCUACAACUUAUUUAUCUAUCACAAUUGAUCUAAUAUGACAUUAUAAACAAUAUAAAUAACACAGAAACAUAUACGUAGUCUACAAUGAAUAAAAUACUACGUCAUUAUGUGACGAGUGUUGGUGGCCACUCCCAAGGUAAAAAUAAUUACUGCUCUGACCAUAUCUCCCCAUUCUUGCCUUUCUGAGGUCUUAUAAGAGAAAAUGGAGUGUUUGUGAGGCUAACUGCACUAGAUCACUAGUUUCAUAAGGAGAACACUGAAACAAAAGCUGUUUUCUCAGAAUUUUUUUUUCUUGAGUCAGGAGACCGGCCUACGUUUUGGAUGAAUACACCUACCAUCUGACUUACGACCGAGUUCGGUUCUGAGAAACCGGUCAUAAGUCGAACUUUACUACUGAAUAUCAACAAAACAUUUUUGUAAUGACUUUAUUUUAUUGUUUUAUUUUGGUAUUUCAUGUUUUACUUUACUUUUUAUGUUGUUAGUACUGUAUUUUAUACUGUAAGGUUUAGGAUAAACACUGUGUACAACAUAAAUAGUUGUUUAUUUCCCAGAAAUUUGGUAUAAAAAACACGGUCGUAAGUCGAGUGGUCGUAAGUCGAGCAGGUCGUAAGUCGGAUGGUAGGUGUAUCUCAGAAGUAAAUCAGUGUAAAUGCCUUGUGCCUUCUUGCAGAGAAAGCACGAAGCACAUACAUACUAUGCUUGUACUGCUUCGCCAAGUCGACUACACCACACCUCGCUCGUGUUUUUCUGUGAUUUCAUGUUUUAAUUCAAUGGACAUCAUUUUCUUCUCAGCACUGUCCUUUGCACUGCAACAUCAUGUGAUCUUAGUACAAAGACUUCUUCGACGUUUGUCCAACCUUUGGACGAAGACCUACUUACACUAGUGGAAGGUCCCACUGUGAUCCCACCUCCUCCUGCUUCAACUCACCUGACUGCAGUAUAUAAGCCACCUCUCUGUCCCUAUGCUGUACUUCCUACAAGACUGAUGGACUGAACACUUCAAUUCCAGGCUGAGGGACUGAUUACCUCACACUCCUCCUCUCCUACACAUUUCUACUUUGUAUUGGACUGAUGAAGCCACUGUGUGGCAAA